UCCUUCUGAUCUCUGUCUCCUGAGUAGCUAGGAUUACAAGCGUGAGUCAGCACUUAGCAGGACAUAAUUUCUCAAAGGGGAUAUUGGUGAUAUGGGGAAUAGGGAGGUGGCUCAUGUAGGGCAAGCAACUGAUCUGGGUCUGUGAGGUUGUGCAGUGUGGUGGUAGUAUAGAACUUGGGAAGAUGGGGAUGUCUGGUUGAAGUGGGAAAAGCCAAAGACUGAUAUCCAUUUUGGAUUCAGCCCUGUUCUCUCUCCUGGGCUGGUAUUAGGGGUGUGUGGAGGGGAUUGGGGGGCAGGGUGGUCUCUGAGUCUUCAGCAGGCAAAAUGCUGGAAAUUUGGACCUUCCUUCCUCUCCUGCCCCUUGGACUUUGCUGAGCUUGGGCAGACCCCAGCAGGACUGCAGAAGGAAGUGGGAGGCAUCUGAGGCUCUUGGCUUGAAUCUUUUUGCUGUUGCCUCCGGUGAGUGUGUGCUGGGAGGUGGCUUGAAUCUUUUUGCUGUUGCCUCCGGUGAGUGUGUGCUGGGAGGAGGUGUAAGGAUUUGGAGAGUUAGGAUUCUGGAAAGGUCUCUCUUAUCCCACCUGUCUUCAGUAGCAGCGUUCUUGACCAUUGUGAAAGUCCCUGGUCACAUGCACAUACCUAUGAAAGGGGCAGUCCCAUCUCUUGCUUAGAGUGUUGCUCAGCACACUUGCAUGACUUGAGUAAAGGACACUGCUAGCCGGCUUCUGGUGCAGGUUGCGCCUUGCGUCGAUCGCAGUCUACACUCUGCUCAGCUGUUCAGUGGGUUCAUGGUGCAGGUUCUUUUGCAUGCUGAAUACCAUUUUAAUGAAAGUAGACUUUGUUCUCUGAAGGCAGCUAAUCGUGCCCCAUGGGCUGUAAUCAGGGAGAAGGUAUUUAAUACAGGGCAGGCGGCAACAGGCGGCCUGAGCCGACUGGCAGAUUGCAACAUGGCAAUUAGGAAGCUGUCAACCCCCCUCCCCCACAGCAGAUAUGAGAUAGUCUGUCUUCUGAACUGAUUUGGAGUACGAAAGAAUGAAUGGAGCUAUUGGCUAGAGGAAGUGGAGGGGCUGUGGGAUGCAGAGAGCCGAGGGCUAACUUCCGGACAGUGGGACAAAGAAAGCUGCUGACGAACAGACGGUAUGUCUUUGACGAGGCCUGUGUUUCCCUACUUGGCUCUCUUCUGGGAGGCUGCUGGCAGGUGGAGGAGCCUACACCUCCCAGAAUGACCAGUGUAGCCCCUGCUAAGAAACCCUACCGUAAGGCACCACCAGAGCAUCGGGAGCUGAGGCUGGAAAUUCCUGCAUCCCGGCUUGAGCAGGAGGAGUCUCUGACUGAUGCGGAGAGGAUGAAGCUGUUGCAGAAGGAGAAUGAAGAGCUUCGCCGGCGCCUGGCCUCAGCCACCAGACGCACUGAGGCUCUGGAGCGGGAGCUGGAAAUUGGACAAGACUGCCUGGAGCUGGAGCUAGGCCAGAGCCGUGAGGAGCUGGACAAGUUUAAGGACAAGUUCCGCAGGCUGCAGAACAGCUACACGGCUUCCCAGAGGACCAACCAGGAGCUGGAGGACAAGCUGCACACACUGGCCUCUCUUAGCCACAGCUGGAUUUUUGCAAUCAAGAAGGCUGAGAUGGAUAGGAAGACGCUGGACUGGGAGAUUGUGGAGCUGACCAACAAGCUACUGGAUGCCAAGAACACUAUCAACAAGCUGGAGGAGCUCAAUGAGCGGUACCGACUGGACUGCAACCUGGCUGUGCAGCUCCUCAAGUGCAACAAGUCCCACUUCCGCAACCACAAGUUUGCCGACCUGCCCUGUGAGCUACAGGACAUGGUUCGGAAACACCUGCACAGUGGUCAAGAGGUUGCCAGCCCAGACCACACUACCAGCCUGGCCCCAGGGGCUGUGGUGCCUACCUCAGUCAUUGCCCGGGUGUUGGAGAAGCCAGAGUCUCUAUUGCUCAACUCAGUCCAGUCAGGCAGUGCUGAGCACCCCUUAGCUGAGGAUGUCUUUGUGCAUGUGGACAUGAGUGGGGGGACUCCGGGUGACCCAGCCAGUCCCCUAGCCCCUGGCAGUCCUCAGCCUAAUGGAGAGUGCCAAUCUCUGGAUACUGUGGGGGGCUUCCCAGAGGAGGAGCUAUCCCUUCCGGCCUUUGAGAAGCUGAGCCCAUAUCCUACCCCAUCUCCACCCCACCCGCCGUAUCCUGGCCGUAAGGUCAUAGAGUUCUCUGAGGAUAAGGUUCGCAUCCCUCGAAACAGCCCCCUGCCCAACUGUACUUAUGCCACCCGCCAGGCCAUCUCCCUGAGCCUGGUGGAGGAGGGGAGUGAGCGGGCCCGCCCCAGCCCAGUGCCCAGCAGUCCUGCCUCAGCACAGGCCUCACCCCAUCACCAGCCUAGGCCAGCCCCCCCAACACUCAGUGCUCCAGCCAGCUCUGCCAGCUCCGAAGAGGAUCUGCUGGCCAGCUGGCAGCGAGCAUUUGUGGACCGCACUCCACCUCCUGCUGCUGUGGUCCAACGCACUGCCUUUGGACGUGAUGCACUCCCUGAGUUGCAGCGCCAUUUUGCCCUUAGCCCCACUGACAGUGAUGAGGUGGUUCUGGCACUUUCUUCCCCAUCUGAUGAGAGUGGACUUCUGUUGCCAAGGGAACCUGACUCUGGCUUUCCUGGAGAGGAGGAAGAGGAAGAGCUGAACCUGCCUGUCAGCCCUGAGGAAGAGCGCCAGAGCCUGCUGCCUGGGGAUAGGGGUACAGAGGAGGGGCUGGGUACUUCCCACACUGAGGGUAGGGCCUGGCCACUCCCCAGUUCCAGCCGCCCCCAGCGCAGCCCCAAGAGGAUGGGGGUGCACCAUCUGCACCGCAAGGACAGCUUGACCCAGGCCCAGGAGCAGGGAACCCUGCUCAGCUAGGCCCACUUGCCUUCCUGCUUCUGUGCACUGGCCUGCAUAAGGUCUGGGCUUUGAACUCCUUCCUUCCAGACCAGCACAGCUCUGAUCCCUGUGUGAGUGAGAGGCCACACCAGGCCUUUCAGCUGCAUUGACACUGGCACCAGCUUGCCUCAUUCUUCCCUUUUCUUCUUGGGAUAUUUAUUCUCCAAAGGUAACAUGCAGUUGGGUUUCAAGUUGCUUCUUCCUGUCAGCCCAGCCCAUUUGGGGCUGUUGUGUGGAGCUGUGGGGCUCAUCAGUGUUCAUCCUCCAUCCUCCUUGCAUAUUCACGAGCUUUGGUUGUCUUGGGGGAGGGUGUCAUUGGGGUUAAAUUAACCUCUCAUUUCUCUUUUCACCCAUUUUCUCUGUAUGAGCUGCUGGCCUCAGGGAAGAGGGAACAACUGUCUCAGGGCUCCCCUCAGCUGCUUCUGCCCUCCCUCUGGAAGGGAGGAUGGGCGGAGGAUGGGCUUCAGGGGCCUCAAGCUGGGCUCUGGGUGAGGCCUGGCCCUCUUAACCUUGGCUCUAGACUGUUACUCCCAGCUUUGGGAAAUUUUCACAUUGAGGACUAUUUUAAAAUUAAAUAAAACUAUUUUAUUGCU